CUGCGUCUCUGAUUAGAUGCAACCGUCGACUUGCCCUUACCUUUCUCUUCCCCUCACUCUAGAGCUGCGACAACCUUUCUCCCCGGGUCCCCCUCCCGCUCCUUUCUCAUUCGGAAGCCCACGCCUCCCGGGACCACCGACCCGAGGCGCCGGAGCGCGGAGCACGGGGGGCGGGGGGCAGGGUCGGAGGCCCGCGCGGCCGCGCGCCCCGUGGGAGGGUCCGGGCGAGCCGGGGCCACGCCCCCGAGCCCCGCACCGCCCCCUCCCCUCCAGGCUUUAGUUUGUUUUUAAUUUGGAAAGCCCUCCUCUUCCUGCCCCCUUCCUCCGCUCCUCCUCUUUCCUCGGCUCCGCUAGGAAAGUUAGACCCCGGCCCGGCGUCGCGGGUGCCGAGCGGACGGCGGGCCCGGCGUGUUACCUGCCUGUCUAAGCCAGCAUCGGGCUCACCUGGAUUGCUGCUGCCAUCCGUCUUCACUGCGUAUUUCCACUCUUGCCCCCUCAAGAUAAAGUAUAAUCAGAUCUCAUCACUCCACUGAUGAAAGUCCUCCAAAGAUUUCCCAGCUGCAGUUACAGCAAAUCGCAGAUGUUUUGCCUCAGCCUUCAGGACUAAUUGGAAUUCUUCAAAAUGUCAGGUGUGAUCCCCACAGCCCCUGAGCAACCUGCAGAUGAGAAGGACGAUCCGAUAAAGUCUCCUGAUCAAAGGCCUGAUGCACCUCCUGACUAUAAUUCCCAUUUUGUACCAGGACCCCCUGGACCGGCUGUCCCUGCACCUGCAGGCUACGCAGGAGGCUUGCCUAUGGGAUACAACAGCCCACAGCAGCCCGGUACCUUCUUCUCGUACCAGCCAGCUGGUGGUGCCCAUCCUAUCCAGUACCAGCCUGGCAAAUACCAUAUGUCAAAUCAGCCUGUUUCAGUAACAUGGAUGCCAGGGCCUCCUCCUAUACCAAACUGUCCUCCUGGUCUGGAAUACUUAACCCAGCUGGACACCAUUCACGUCCUUCAGCAUUUUGAGCCUCUGGAAAUGAUCACAUCUUUUGAAACUAAUAAUGGAUAUGAUAUUAAAAACAACCUGGACCAGAUGGUUUACAUCGUAAAUGAAGACACAGACGACUUUACCAGAAAUGCUUAUCGGACACUAAGGCCCUUCGUCCUCCGGGUCACUGACUGUAUGGGCCGAGAAAUCAUGACCAUGCAGAGGCCUUUCAGAUGCACCUGCUGUUGCUUCUGUUGUCCCUCCACCAGGCAAGAGCUGGAGGUGCAGUGUCCUCCUGGUGUCACCAUUGGCUUUGUUGCAGAACACUGGAACCUGUGCAGGGCAGUUUACAGCAUCCAGAAUGAGAAGAAAGAAAAUGUGAUGCGAGUACGUGGGCCAUGUUCAACCUAUGGCUGUGGUUCAGAUUCUGUUUUUGAGGUCAAAUCCCUUGAUGGUGUAUCCAACAUCGGCAGUAUUAUUAGGAAGUGGAACGGUCUGUUAUCAGCAAUGGGCGAUGCUGACCAGUUUGAAAUUCACUUCCCGUUAGAUAUGGAUGUGAAGAUGAAAGCCAUGAUUUUUGGAGCCUGCUUCCUCAUUGACUUCAUGUAUUUUGAAAGAUCACCACGACGUUCAUCAAGAUAGAUGGACACAGCAAAUCAACAAUUAUGGUUAAUUAAAAAAAAUUAGAGAAGUUGGAUUGGGCUUAUAAUCCCCUGAAUUAUUUGCAAAUAUAUGUAUCUGCUUUUGCAGAUUAUUUUUACUGGGUAUUAGCUCUGACAGGUAGGCUGAGUGUAAGGGCAAGAACACGUGUUUUAAUUGAACCAUGUGUUUUAAUUGAUUGUCUCUCUGUCUACAUGGUAGACUAGGAGUUCACCUUGAAAAAGCUAUAACUCAUUAACCAAGUAAACAUAAUACAAUGAGCUUGAAAACACUUUACUUACGCUGAGAUAAGGGAAAAUGAAUCCCAGGGCUCUCACAUUAAUGGGUCAUGAAAUGGCAAGCUUUUUAGAGCAGUCUUUGAGAUAGAAUAAAACAGCUUUUAUCCCCAACCCUCUCCAACCUGUCCUCUCCAUCAACUUGUCCUGUUACUGAAGAUAAAUUUGAUUCUAAGUGAAAAGAAUAAUAAUACUCUUGACCUUUAAAACAAAAAGGAAGGUAGGCAGAAAUACUGUGUGUUAUUGUACAAGGAAAAAUUUACUUGUGCAUAUGUCUCAAACCUUGUUCUGAAAGUUUAUAAGUUUCAAUGGAAAAUUUGAUUUUAUUACCAAACAAAACAUUUUUUUAAAAAUCAUAAGGUUCUAUUUUCCAUACCUAUUCCCUCAUUCACUAGCGUGGACUAUCAGGACCUGCCUGGACAUGGAGUCAGGGUCAUCCUAUCAGGAAAAGAGGUGACAAGGGCCACAGCUUGUCUAGAUCUCUGAGCAACUCAGAGACAUCAGUGUCCUUAUGAGGAGCUUGCGUUUAAUCUAUUUAAUCUCUCUUGGCCACAGAUGCCUUACAUAUGAAAUAUUUUGGCCAAAUCUCAAAGAUUGCCUAUUGAACUUACGUAUCUCAUGGGGUGUGACACAGAGGAGAUAGUUUUUAUUUUUCUUUCUUUCAAGAUCACUGAUAAUCACCAUGUUUUUCUAACUGCAGGAAUUGAAGUUGGGUUUCUAAAUUUUGAAAUGUGGCAUUCUGUGUAGCACUUUGUAAAAGCAAAACUACGAAUUUUGACGUUUUUAAAUAUUUCUUAGCUGCUUUUUAUUUAGAUGAUAGAUAAAUCUGCCUGUGCAAAGAAGAUAAUAAAACUUCUCUGUGAACUAUAGCUUAACAGUAAAAUACUGUAGGAUCGACAUAGUUACAGUAUAAGCGUACUUGUUAUUAGCUAGUUAAGAGCACAGUGUAUUGGUGAAUAGUUGCUGAUGAAUCAGCCUGUGUCUUUUGUACUCUACCUUCCUAUCUGGACAUGGACUGUGUUUUUUUCAACACAGCCAGUAUGUAGAAUGAAAUGUAUUCUUCUCCUUGUUAAAUAAAGCAACUCUAAGUGUUCUCUGAUGGGAUUACUUGGAGAUGACGGCCUUUGCCCACAAUUCCUGUUGAAGUCAAAGAAAGGUGCUUCAUUUUACAAUUAUAUUUAUCUUUUCAUGGCAAAGUUGUUUUAUUCAGUUUCUUGUAAUUUCUAUAUUUAGGUGCUACUGCUAGUUUUUUUUUUAAGUGUUAAACUGCUGCUUUUCUAAAAAGUAUAAUUACCUUAUAUUUGAAAAUACGAUUGCAGUCUUAGACAUAUAUAUUAUUUCUUAUAAUAAUAUCUGACAUUUUAUGUAGGAAAUGAGACAAUAAUAUUGAGAAAGUUUAUCUGUACAAACUUCAUUUUUACUUGCCCGCAUCCCUACAUCCCAAGACCUGCUGCAUAAUGCUAAGAAAAGAUUAUUUAACAUAUGACAUUUUAAGUUUCUGUUCAAAGUUUUCAUGGCAUUAAGUUGUCUCUUACAGUUGUUAUCCCUCUGUCUUUAAAAGUAAUACCAUGUGUCUUAUUUUUUUAUACUAUGGUUCAUAUUAUAGUUUCUAUAUUUCUUAAUGGUAUUUCAUUGUGUAAAAUUGAUCAGAGUCACUAAAAAAAAGCUACUCUCUUUGUAUUUUAAUGCUUCAUCAUACUGUUUUUGGCUUUUAAAUAAAUAUAAUAUGGUUUAUAGUGAAA